CCACGGGCUCUCAGCCGAGGGAAAAGUGUUCCACGAAGCGGUAGCGUCUUUCUGCCUCGCCUUUCCCCACCCCUCCGACCCUGGUCCCGGCUCCCGUCUGCGCGCGAGCUGGUGGGGCAAGCUCCGGGAGCCCCUGUGCUCCCCGGGGACGCGGGGCUCGGGGCGCAAGGCGCGGGGCCGGGUCCCCCUUGGCACAUGGCUGCAGCCACCCCGCGCGCACCCCUAGGCGCCGCGCCCAGCUCGCCCGAGGUCCGUCGGAGGCGCCCGGCCGCCCAGGAGCCAGGCAGCUGCUGAGCGGGGAAGCGCCCGCGUCCCGGGAUCGGGAUGUCCCUCCUCCGCCUCCUCUUGCUAGUUUCCUACUAUGUUGGAACCUUGGGGACUCACACCGAGAUCAAGAGAGUGGCAGAGGAAAAGGUCACUUUGCCCUGUCACCAUCAACUGGGGCUUCCAGAAAAAGACACUCUGGAUAUUGAAUGGUUGCUCACUGAUAAUGAAGGGAACCAAAAAGCGGUGAUCACUUACUCCAGUCAUCACGUCUACAAUAACUUGACUGAGGAACAGAAAGGCCGAGUAGCCUUUGCUUCCAAUUUCCUGGCAGGAGACGCCUCCUUGCAGAUUGAACCUCUGAAGCCCAGUGAUGAGGGUCGGUACACUUGCAAGGUUAAGAAUUCAGGGCGCUACGUGUGGAGCCAUGUCAUCUUAAAAGUCUUAGUGAGACCAUCCAAGCCCAAGUGUGAGAUGGAAGGAGAGCUGACAGAAGGAAGUGACCUGACUUUGCAGUGUGAGUCAUCCUCUGGCACAGAGCCCAUUGUGUAUUACUGGCAGCGAAUCCGGGAGAAGGAGGGAGAGGACGAACGUCUGCCUCCCAAAUCUAGGAUUGACUACAACAACCCUGGGCGAGUUCUGCUGCAGAAUCUUACCAUGUCCUCCUCCGGACUCUACCAGUGCACAGCAGGCAAUGAAGCUGGGAAGGAGAGCUGUGUGGUACGAGUAACUGUACAGUAUGUACAAAGCAUCGGCAUGGUUGUGGGAGCAGUGACAGGCAUAGUGGCUGGAGCCGUGCUGAUUGUCCUCUUGGUGUGGCUGCUAAUCCAAAGGAAAGACAAAGAGAGAUAUGAGGAAGAAGAGAGACCUAAUGAAAUUCGAGAAGAUGCUGAAGCUCCAAAAGCCCGCCUUGUGAAACCCAGCUCCUCUUCCUCAGGCUCUCGGAGCUCACACUCUGGUUCUUCCUCUACUCGCUCCACAGCAAAUAGUGCCUCACGCAGCCAGCGGACAUUGUCAACUGACGCGGCACCCCAGCCAGGGCUGGCCACCCAGGCAUACAGCCUAGUAGGGCCAGAGGUGAGAGGUACUGAACCAAAGAAAGUCCACCAUGCUACUCUGACCAAAGCAGAAACCACACCCAGCAUGAUCCCCAGCCAGAGUAGAGCCUUCCAAACGGUCUAAAUUAGAAUGGACUUGACUCCCACACUUUCCUAGGAGUCAGGGUCUUUGGACUCUUCUAGUCAUUGGAGCUCAGUCACCAGCCACACAACCCCCUCAAACCAGAUGAGAGGUCAUUUAAGUAGCAUUGAGUACUGCACAGAAGACAUUCAAAUGAGCACUUUCCUUAUAGGACACCAAACAAGCAAAAGGAUGUAAGCUGAUUCAUCUCCAAAAAGGCAUCUCACUGUGCCUUUAGACCAAAAUAAGGGAAAGCAGGAGUCCAAAUCUAUUUGUUGACCAGGACCUAUGGUGAGAAGGUUGGGGAAAGGUGAAGUGAAUACACCUAAAACUUUUCAUGUGGGAUAUUUUGUAUCAUUGCUUUGAUUUGCCAUUUUCAAGAGGAAAUGGGAUGUUGUUUGUAAAUUUUCUAUGCAUUUCUGCAAACCUAUUGGAUUACUGCAAUCAUUCACAGUCAAGCAAAACCCACAGCCUUAUUACACCGGUCUGCACCGUGUACUGAGCUAACCACUUCUAAGAAACUACAAAAAAGGAAAUAUGUGUCUUCUAUUCUGACUUAACUUUAUUUGUCAUAAUGUUUGGAUAUUAAUUUCAAGGGGAGUUGUAAUAGUGGGAGAUGGAGAAGAGUGAAUGCGUUUCUCCCACUUUGCACUAAUCUCACUACUUGUAUUGAGCCCAAAAUAACUAUGAAAGGAAAAAAAAAGUGUGACAAAGGAUUAUGGAAAGCUUUCCAUCUUCAUGAUGUUAUGAAGAUUGCCGACAAACAUAAGAAGUAUAUAAUGGAGGAACUGUGGAUUUUCCCUCAAAAGCAGAUGCCUCUAAGGACUUUCCUGUUGGAUAUCUCUGGAAGGAGAAAAUACUUACUACAUAACAUUUAUCAACGUCCUUAGAAUUCUUCUAGAGAAAAAGGGAUCUAGGAAUGCUGAAAGAUUACCCACCAUCUCAUUAUAGUCUCUCCUUUCGGAGAACAUGUGAAACCAGAAUUACAAGACUGGCUGGACUAGAAAGGAAGAUUAGAUCAGUUUUCUCUUAGUAUGACAAAGAAGGUAGCCGGGCGUGGUGGCAGGCACCUCUAGGAAAAUUGCUUGAACCCAGUAGGCAGAGGUUGUAGUAAGCCAAGAUUGUGCCACUGCACUCCAGCCUGGGUGACAGAGCGAGACUCCAUCUCAAAAAAAGGAAACAAUAUCAAUGAAGGAUUAAAGGAAGCUCGGUAUUGUACUACACUUGGAAUUUCCUCCAUUUCGUCCAUUUUCGAAGGAUGUGAACCUGGAACUUCUGAUGAUUCUAAGCCUUAAAUUAUCAAAAAAGAUCAGGGAUUGUCAAUGCUUCUAAUGGCACUGCAAGUAUAUGCCAUAAUCAUUCCCUCCUAUGAAGUGAAAAAUAAGAGAAAUUCAGUACUUUCCCAGCCUCAGCCUCCAGAGGUCUAGCUCUGGAGUGAAAGAAAAGGGAACUAACAUUUAGUGAAGAGAUGAGAAUAAUUAGUGGGUGGCAGGAGAGGGUUGAGCUAGUGCCUGCUAACAGUUUAGUUGUCAGCAUCUUGGAAAGAAUUAGCAAAAAGAAUUCACUAGGAUAGCUGCUUAAGAGCUGAUGAAUGGAAUGUUUGAGAAAUAAAGAAAACAGUAGCCUCCAAUAUAAUAACUUGCCUUUUUAAUAGUUUUGACUACUCUUGAUACCUAUAGCACAAAUGUUGGACCUGAAUCAGCCCUUCAAGAACCCUAGCACAAAUGUCAACUGAUCACCACUGGGAGAGCAGAAAAAAAAAAUUUUUUUUUUUGAGACAGAGUCUUGCUCUGUCGUCCAGGCUGAAGUAUGAUGGUAUCAUCUCAGCUCAUUGCAGCCUCUGUCUCCCAGGUUCAAGAAUUCUCAUUCCUAGGCCUUCCAAGUAGCUAGGAUAACAGAUGCCCACAACCACACCCAGCUAACUUUUGUAGUUUGGGUAGAGACAGGGUUUCUCCAUGUUUGCCAGGCUGGUCUCGAACUCCUGACCUCAAGUGAACCAUCUACCCUCAGGCUCCCAAAAUGCUGGGAUUACGGGCAUAAGCCACUGCACCUGGCCCAGGACACUUUUCUUUUUUUUUUUUUUGAGAUAGAGUCUCACUCUCAUCAUGCAGGCUGGAGUGCAGUGGCAAGAUCUCAACUCAUUGCAACCUCCACCUCCCAGGUUCAAGUGAUUCUCCUUCCUCAGCCUCCCUAGUAGCUGGAAUUACAGGCGCACACCACCAUGCCCGGCUAAUGUUUAUAUUUUUAGUAGAUGGGGUUUCACUAUGUUGGCCAGCAUGGUCUCAAACUCUUGUCAGGUGACCCACCCACCUCGGCCUCCCAAAGUGCUAGGAUUACAGGUGUGAGCCAAUGCACCCAGCUCAGAAUACUUUUUAAAAUAACAGCAGGUUAGAGGAAAGAAAAAAAUGCUGAAUGUGGUGAUGAAAGCAUGUUUCUAAAACAGGAAGCUGAUGCUUAAAGAGGAAAGGCUAAUCUGGGAUUUUGUCCCAUUUCUCUGGUUUUUCACUCCUAUAUUUAAUUCUCACAAUCAUGUCUUCACAUAGUGCGAAAAAAAAAACACAAAAUUCUUGUAAUGUCCACAGGAGUUUAUUCUUGGGUGAAAGUUUUAACCUGAGUAUUGCCUUCCUCUAAAAAAGGUGAGAAAUAGGAGACAUUAAGAAAUUAACUUGGCUGGUCCCGGUGGCUCAAGCCUGUAAUCCCAGCACUUUGGGAGGCCGAGGUGGGUGGAUCACAAACAAGGUCAAGAGAUCGAGACCAUCCUGGUCAACAUGGUGAAACCCCAUCUGUACUAAAAAUACAAAAAAUGUGCUGGGCAUGGUGGCGCAUGCCUGUAAUCCCAGCUACUCAGGAAGCUGAGGCAAGAGAACUGCCUGAACCCAGGAGGCGGAGGUUGCGGUGAGCCCAGAUCGCGCCAUUGCACUCCAGCCAGGGUAACGAGCGAAACUCCGUCUCAAAAAAAAAAAAAAAAAGUAAGAAAUUAACUUAAAAAAUGUCUGCUAUGAGUUUAAGAGGACUAGCAUAUUUGGAAUGCUUCUUAUACUAACACUGUCUCAUUGUAAAAUAUAAAAUCCCUUACUCUGACUACAUUUUUAUUCCUCUGGUAGUAUGGUAUCCAGGCAACAUAUCACUUCUGCUAUGUAAUUCUGAGAACUCUCAUUUCUGGAGUACCUGAGCCAAACAAAUGCACUAUGGAGGCUACAGUUGUAUCAUCACUAGCAAUUUGCUCUUAUCAUUAUUCGCUACCUUUGAACCUAAGGUUUCCUGCCUAUGCUUUUGAAAACAAGAAUAAGUCUCCUUUGCAUGAAAAAAAGGCUUAGAUUUUUAAACAUGUUAGUUACCAGAAUGCUAAAAUACCAGUUGACUACUCAAAUUAUUUUGGAAAUCUAUCCAUAACGGAAGUCUACCACAAACACAUAAAACAGAUUAUACUAAGAGCUGAGAAAUUCAAAGGAAUUGAAGAUUCUGAGAGAAAAGCUCUUCAAGUCUUCUUAGCAAUGAUACUGCACUUCUCUUUGACAGGUUCUGGGCUUAAGUCAGAGACCCUACUGGUUCCAAACCAUAUUUCACUGACUUUGCAAGUAAAAUAAAUUUGAUUUUGAAAUAGGAAAUAAAAAAAUGGAGAAAACAACUAAAAAGCAGAAGAAAAAUGUUUAUGAGAGGAAGAUGCAGAUGGAAUGAUGUGAAAGUUGAGUAACCAUGUCAAUAAAAUAUAUAAGCCAAACUUAAAUUUGUGAAAUAAGGAAGUUGGUAUCUUUGUUGUUACAAUGUAUACAAACAAUUUCAGAACUGCUGUUGCAAAAAGACCUAUAUAGUUUUGCUUCCUUUUGGUGUUAAGCUGUUUAUAUUUCUGUUUCUAACUUCUAAGUUGCCUUGUAAUUGGGACUGUGUUUGAUCAUCACAAAAACCAAAUAUUUAUUAUGGAUGCAUCUGUAUCAGCAAUUAAAAAAUAAACCAGUAAAAGUGA